UUUUUAGUUUAAUCUCUGCACAUGGAGACUUUACUCCCACCUGAGGUGGCUGCCAGCCUGCAGGCCGCUGCCUGCAACUGCAGGAGAUCCGAUCCGAGUCCAGCCCAUUUCUGCUCGGUUUUUAGCCCUAAAGUAAAAUCACAUGAUGCGUAUUUUGUCAUAUGACACCGAUGAGGGGGACUGCGAGCUAACCCCUCCGAGGAAAACAAAGACGACAGUCAGCCACUUGUCCGGGAUGAGAUGCUAUAGACAAACCCUGGCCGGUGGAGGAAGUCGUUGAUCUGCAGGAUGGACUGUCGGGGAGUUCUACCUGCCAUAGCCGCCGCCUGUUUACUCGGUGUGGUGGUGACCCAGACCACCCUAUCCCCAGCUGUCAUAAGCACCGCUCUCCUGGAGAAUGCCACCGGUGUGACUCCAACACCGGUGAUUUUCAGCAGCACCACCCCCGGCUGCUUUGCUUUCAACGUCUCCAACUGUGAGCCCUGCGCCCCAGGAUCACAAUCCGACAACAACACACUGCUGUGCACGUGCUGUUCUGAACCUGGGCUGUGUGCGUUUCCUGGAGCAUGUCUGCCAUGCAAGAAGGGAUUUUAUCAGCCUCUGACCGGACAGCAGAACUGUCUGCCAUGCGGUCGGGGCUUCUACACUAAUUUCACUGGAAGUCCCCUCUGUCACCCUUGCCCUGCUGGAUCCUUCAACAAUAAUUCGGGCGGAGAAAGUUGCACAAGCUGUUCACCAGGCUUCUUUUCAUCGACGCACAGCUCGACUUCGUGCGCACCAUGUGUGCAGGGAAGGUUUUGCAACUCGUCUGGCUGCACACAGUGCCAGGUGUGUCCUGGGGGAGCAGAGGCUCUGCAGUCUGCCGCUAAAGACUGCACACCGUGUCGGCCAGGCAUGCACAAGGCUCCCCAUCAGACAAUGUGUCAGAUCUGUGGCAGCGGCUUGUAUCAGAUCCACUGGGGCAAGGAAAGUUGUGAUGUCUGCCCAGAGAAUCACUACUGCCCUAGUCCCGAUGUGAAUCCAAUUCAGUGUCCUAGUGACGCUUUCUGCCCAGAGGGCAGCUUGGCUCCAGGCUACUGCAUGGAAACUUUCUUCCGGAAAGCAGGAGAGACAUGUGAACUGGCCCCUGUUACGAUUGCUCUGUUAGUAAUUGGAGGAGGGGUCGCCUUACUUUUCAUCAUUUUAAUGGUUCUGCGUCGUCGGAGAGACUCGGAUGGAGAGCUGACAGUCGCCCGAGCCCCUCUGUUACGCAAAGAGCGACCUCAGGGUCGAUACUAUGGGCUGCCCUGCGACACAGAGCCUGUGUACGCCGGCUGGUGAACCACUAAUGUUAGACAACUGACAGCAAAGGACUGAUGGUAAAAUCCUGACCUGGUGCCUUUAGAGAUUUUUGUUUUUGUUUUUUAAAAUCUACCAACCUUUUGAGGAGGUCUAUUUGACAAAUGUUAUUUAUAGACAUAAUUCAUUCCUUUAUGAAUUAUUUUAGUCUUACAUUGUUACAGUUGUUCUGCUGAGACGUAAACGCUCCCUUUGUAAAGUAGGUUAUUGGAUUAUGAGAAGUAUUCUCGAGUGGUGGAAAAAAAAUCUCAAGUUGGAGGAAACCUGUUUCUCUUAUAAAAAGCACUUUUUUGUUGAGAUAAUCCAUUUUCUUUGCAUUCACCAUUCCGGAUGCAUCCAUUAGCUCUGUUGUGGCUCAGAGACAGAAUUAAAAAAUGUUCCUUGUGUUUGUAAUUAUUUAGGACACCGUGUGUUACUGUCUGUUGUUUGUAGGUGAAAGCAUUUCCUCGCUGAGGUACUAUUUUAUGUUUUAAAGGAGAAUAAACAAAGAAAUUCUGAUGUCUAACUGUUUUGUAAUAAUAGAAAUACAUCCUCUUACUUUGUUAGAAAACAAAUGCAGUUGAGAUCAAAUUCGGAAGCCUCCACACUGCAAGGUUUGGUUAUGUUAAUGGGACUGUCCUCUCAUCCUGAGUUGUGUGAGUAUGUCAGAUGAAUGCCGUGGGUCCCAAAGGUUUACAUCCUGUCGGGCUUAGAUCUGAUUUUACAUUUCAGAUUAGACCUGACCAUGACCUGUGAGUCGAAGUGUUUAGUAAGUUGAAAAUGUGAAUGCCUUCUUCUUUUAAUUGGUUCUGCUUUAUAAUUCGAGGAGAUGAUGAAACUGAUAUGACUUGAUUUCAGUUUCUUAAAGAGCUCUUUGAGCAUUUAUGAAUAAACAAAAUAUUUAAUUUCACAACAUUCUGGUCAUUUUAUACAUAUGUUUUAUUCUUUUUUUAUUAAAUGUGACGUAAUAAUUGAAGAAGUCGUAAAUUGAUCAUUUGUGGGAUUCUGUCUUUUUAUUCUUUCUUUUUUUUUUUUUGUCAUUUUGGUCUGGUUGAACAGUAUGAUAGCAAACCCUGCAACAGAAUCCUGAUCUGACCGUGUUGAAAUCACUGCACUGUCACAUGGAGACAAAGAUGACAUUGACAGAAAUAAAUCAGGGCAAAAAAACACAGCUGUCAAUAGUAAUGAUCAUUCCUGCUAUGAUGAGUAAGCAUUUCUGCCACCCACAUCCACAAACAAACACACACUGACAAAAAAAGCAAUUUUAAGCUGUUACUGCAGAGUUUCCCAGAGUACAGAAAUAAAAAGGUGCUCUAUGGUUUUGGUCCAAGAGCUCUGAGCAAUUCUUUCCACGUUACGCACAUAUCCAGCUGGAGAGUGUGACAAAAGGCCCAUCUCAAGACUAGAUAAACAUGUUUUCAGACUGUGACAACCAAGAGGGAAAAAAAUACA